AGCCCACCUCAGGACCCGAUGGUCAUGUCAGUCCCAGACAGACCUCUGGGCUGUCCACCAGGUUUGGAGUACCUGGCCCAGGUUGACCAGCUUCUAGUUCAUCAGAAAAUUGAAUUAAUGGAAGUUCUCACGGGAUGGGAGACCAAUAAUCAAUAUGUUGUGAAAAAUAGUUUAGGACAGCAGGUGUUUUUUGCUGCUGAGGAGAGCAAUUUUUGUACUCGAAUGAUGUGUGGACCACUGCGUUCCUUCCUGCUUCAUAUCCAGGAUAACAUGGGACAGGAAGUGAUGACUUUAUCCCGCCCCCUCAAAUGCAGUAGUUGUUGCUUUCCUUGCUGUCUGCAAGAGCUGGAGGUCCAGAGCCCCCCGGGGAGCCCUAUUGGUUAUGUAAUACAAAGCUGGCAUCCUUUCUUCCCGAAAUUCACCAUCCAGAAUGAGAGAAAAGAGCCUGUUCUGAAGAUUGUGGGGCCAUUCUGUGACUGCAAAUGUUGUUCCGAUGUUAAUUUUGAGGUGAUGUCACUGGAUGAAUCAUCAGUGAUUGGUCGGAUUAGUAAACAGUGGUCAGGAUUUGAAGCAGAAGCGUUUACUGAUGCAGACAACUUUGGCUUGCAGUUUCCAGUGGAUUUGGAUGUGAAAAUAAAAGCAGUAAUAUUAGGAGCCUGCUUUCUUAUUGAUUUCAUGUAUUUUGAGCACACUAAAAAACAAGAGUAAAACCACCCUGGAGCCUUGUUCCCCAUUUGAUAAAAUUUUGUUUGUUUGUUUUUAUACAAAUGCUGUACAAUUUUCUCUUUAAAGUUUGGGUCAUAGAAAUGUUUUUCUUCAUUACAACACAGUGUAAAACAUCCACUUAUCUCACCUAAUAAUUCUUCCAGUUUCACAACAGAAGUAUAAACUCUUUCAUACA